GUAGAUUAAGAGAAAAGUGAAAGAAGUACGAGAGCGAAUUGUUUUCAUGUCACAGUCGUUAGUGGAGCCAGAGAUAAAGCGGUCUCCAUCUUUCUCUCGAGAUUUCUUUCCUAAAAGCUUCCGUUAACUUCAGGGCUUCCAAAAAAACAGGCGAAGCACCCGGAAAUGAGUCCAUAACGCGAGUCUGAUGAUCUGGACGCUGUUUCGGUGGAUUUUCAUGCGCCGAGAUUCAACACAAUAACGACGUACGAGUGCGUGUAGAAACCAAAGAGACUCUUUUAUUCUUCCUUGUGCUUGCGAUGAAAGACAUGAGCAUUCAAAACGGCACAGCGGAAAAUGGAGCCUUGGAUCUAGACCUUAUAAAUGAGUACCUUUUGGAGAAAACAACCAAAGGGCCAAGUCAGCCGACGCUCCCUGGUCCUCCUCCUCCUCCACCUGAAGACCAAGACAUCCAGCCAGUUGAUCCACCAUCUAGAAGCAGGAGAACUGCUCCAGUGUUGGUCUCCAGAGGAGCAGCGCCACACACGAAUCUUUCUGCUGUCAAACUAAAAUCAACAACAUACAGCUUUGACCAGACUCCAAACGCGCAGACUGAUGGUAUGGCAUCAAUGCAUCCCAUGCGAGGCCACAAAGGGUCAUCUCAGCGACGUGGACAGGCAUCAUUAGUGCCCCAGUGUCUUCAUCCUCAGCAGUCUGGAACAGAACAUCUGGAGCGCUUCCUGGAAAAGCCAGAGCUGGUGGUUGUGGAGCAGCCAAAGGAGCGUGGCAUGCGAUUUCGCUAUGAGUGUGAAGGACGAUCGGCGGGCAGCAUCCUUGGAGCCUCCAGCACUGACUCCAGCAAAACCCUGCCUGCUAUUGAAAUUCAAGGCCCCAUUGAUAAUAUCAAGAAAGUGAUGGUCACCGUGUCUCUUGUGACAAAGGACAUCCCGUACCGCCCACACCCACACUGCUUGGUUGGGAAAGACUGUUCAGAUGGCAUCUGUGUCAUCCACAUCAAUCCCCACAGUACUCGUCAACACAGCUUUGCCAAUCUGGGCAUCCAGUGUGUGCGGAGAAAGGAACUUGAUGCCUCACUGCAGAAGAGGAGGAAUAAGAAAAUUGAUCCUUUUAACACGGGCCACUCUAAGAGCAUUGAGGACAUGGAUAUGAACGUGGUGAGAUUGUGUUUCCAGUGUGAGCUGGAACGAAAGGACGGAGACAGGAUCCCCCUUGCCCCUGUGGUUUCCAACCCCAUCUACGACAAGAAGGCGACCACAACAGCAGAGCUGAAAAUCAAUCGCCUUAAUGUGGUCAGAGGCCCCUGCACAGGCAAAACUGAAAUUUACAUGCUCUGUGACAAAGUGCAGAAAGAUGACAUUGAGAUAAUCUUCAGCACGGAGGACUGGGAGGGCAAGGCUGAGUUUGCUCAGACUGAUGUCCACAGACAAAUCGCCAUUGUCUUCAAGUCUCCACCAUUCAGGGAGCAGAAUAUAUCUGAAGAGGUGGAGGUCAACGUGUGUCUACGCCGCAUGUCUGACCGGAUGGACAGCGAGCCUGUCAAGUUCACCUAUGUUCCAGACAACGCAGAUCCCUACGGAGUGAACCGCAAGAGGAAAAUAAAAUCUGACGUGGCGUUCAGCGAGCCGUGCAGCGUUCCUCAAAGUCAAGACAUCAUCGUGAACGAGCCCAGCAUGCCACAGCAUUUUGACCCAUUCUACACUCUUCCCGAUUGUAACCUUCCCAAUGCUUCCAUGCCAAUCACUGUUCCGGACGGAGGCAUCCACAUGCAAUCCCAGGGCAUGGAGGAAAUUCAUUAUAAUGAAGACUUUAAACAAGAGGACGGUUGUGUUAGCAUGGACCCAGAGACUUUGGAAACCUUCAUCCAAGGCAUUUCCCAGUGCUUGAUUCAGCCAGGUUCAGAGCAGAUUUUAAAUCAGAUCCUUUUAAAUCCUGAUUUCAACUUCAGUUUUGAAGGCACAGAUACAAACUCAAAUGUCAACCAAACUAUGAUAAACAUGGCGUCUAUAAAUGACGCACACUUCAGUCAGAUGGUGAAUGAGAAUCAGGCCUAUCCAGCAGAUCUAGAGAACAUUGAAGGCCUCAUUUUCGCCCCUGUGAAGAGCGAGAAUGACCUAGACCACUGAAAACCACUGUGGACUUUUUUUGUCUUUGACUAUUGAGACUUUGGACAUACAGUCGCUGUUGACUAUAAAAUCAUUUCGGACCAGGAAAAGACUAAGUCAAACUUGUUAUUGACUGCCAAACCCGUUCAGCUGGCACUAUGACUUCCAGUUUGGUAAUCUGUGCAUUCUAAUGAAGUAAAUCACCUGCUCAGCAGCUGGUCUUGUAAAUGGACAGUAAACUGAGGCUGAUGGCAGCCAACAAAAGGCAGGAGAAGUAUGUAGCCAUUGCGAUUUCUAGUGAAAAGGGAGCAACUAAUGCUGCUCAAACUGCUUGUAAUGUGCCAGUUAUGAAAUAUGUCUGUCAUUUGCUAAUUUAUUGCUUGGGUUACAGAGCAGAACCUAAUAGUAACGAGUAGAUGGUCCCAGACCCUAAAUUCACUAAAAUAUUUAAGUGUUAUAUAUGUAACAUGAUAUUUGUUUUGAACAUUUCUGAACAGUUUAACCACAGAGGAAUUUCAAUUAACAGCAUUAAGGGGGUAAAAUUAGACAUGAUUCUGAAGUAGCAGUUGGAUUAAUUCAUGUAGUUCAAGCCAGGUGUGACGUGGCAAAGUGAUGAAAGCCAUUUUUUUUCAUCUAAUCAUCCACAAUUAAAAUCCCCCACCAAAUCCUCUGACCAUUUGAACUUCCUAAUCAAAAACAUACUGCGUUAUCGUGAUAUCUGGUUAACCAGUUAGCACUAUACUAAGCUGUAAGGGUCCGUUCACACAAAACGUGUUUUUGCAUUCCUCUGAGUUGCUUUUCCAUUGUUUUCCUCUGUAAACAUGCGCUCAAUGGAAGUUUGAUUGUUGUGUUUGCAGCUUGAUUCUUUUGGAGCAUCUUCUGCGUUCUGUGUGAAUUUCCCCUAAACUUGCUAAUGUCAGUUUUCUAACUGAAAACACAAAGAAAGGGAAAUGUUUAAUUUGAUUUUGUUUGGCUUUGGUAGUAUAAUGUCAUGUGUAAUUUGAAAUACAUUAUUAACAUCUCUAAUCAGGUACCAAAUAGAGUAACCAUUAAAAAAAUGGUUUUACCCAAUGGAAUCACUUUGAUGUUCAAGAGGAUUGGAUUUUGUUGGGGACUAGUAUUUUGCAUGACUGAGGACAUGACAUGAUUUGUUUCCUAACACAGUUAGGUACUUUAAAUUAAUCUUGUUUAAACUAUUUGCAUGAUAGCAGCUGACUAUUUGAUUAAUCGAUGUCAAUGUGAACACACCUUAAGAUUUGUGAAGAGAAAUAGGAUAUUUUGACUGUUAUUGUGAUUUUUUUUUUUUUUUUUUUUUUUUUUUGGUUAGCCCCACCCACUGAGAAAAUUUAAUUGGUCUGAAAUUCCAAAUUAGUUGUAUAUUAAACAUCAAAUAUGUUCUUAUUGGCUGCAUUUUAGCUUUCAGUGAGAACAAUCACAUUACUUUUCACUGGAAAAUUGUUUCAUGUCUGGUUACGUCAUGCUGUGAAGUUAUACAGGAAACUGAAAUGAAUGUAGUCAAAAUGAGUCAGUGGCAAACAGAUUUUGGCGCUUUUGUCUGUGUUUUAACUACAUUUAAAUAUACAUCAAUGUUGAAGGAAGCUGGAUUCAUGAUCUUAGUCAUUGGAAAGCAUUUCGUUCAUUUAUACACACACGUAUACUGUAUAUAUAUAUAAUGUCUGUAAUACUGCUGUGGUUCUAAUUGUGCUGUGUAAAAAUCCUUUAGUUGCCUGCAAAUGUCGCUUUAUGCUUCUUAUAGUAUGUUGUUGCUGUUGAUAUUAAAAUUGUGUUUUUAAAAUGAA